AUGCUGAAAACACCAGACGUGCUCCUUCUCCUCUGUCUUGUCGGGGCCGCGGACGCCCUGUACAAGCAGUGGAUCCCCAACACCAACUACGAGAACAAGAGCAACUGGGACACAGGAGCGGUUCCCUGUGGCAGUGACAUAGUUCAGUUCUCGGCCCAGAGGAGAGUGUCUGUGUUUCUGGAGACCGCACAUGCCGUGCAGGAGCUGAGGCUGCCGGUUGACGGAGAGUUCAUCCUGUAUGAAGGAGCUGGGUUCUAUGUUGUGUCAGGACAAGAUCCAGACUGCGGAGAAGGUGUCACUGCCCAGUUCAACGAUUCAGACUCCCUGCAGUGGUUUGACCCGGCCCUGUGGCAGGCAGCCGCAACACAGGAUGAACUGCAGGGUGGACGCUUCCUGUUCUCGGUCCACGAGGAGAGCGUCCCCUGCCAGUACGAUGAUGUCGUUUUCAAAGCCCUCUCCUCCUUCAGGGUGGACACCAGCUCCAGUCAGUCCAGCAUCCCAGUGAAAUCCGUGUCUGUGCUGGGGGAGAUGUUUGACAGCAGAUCUGAGUUUUCACAGUAUCUCAGCUCACGUUCUGGUCGGCUGCAGUUUCACGGAUCCUCCGCAGUCACUGCCGGGAACCCAGGCUGCCGGGAUCCUUCUGGCUGCGAGUGUGGGAACUCUGUGAACCGUCAGCGGAUCUGUAGCAGGGUGACAUGCGUGUCCCCGAACUGCAAGAAGCCCCUCUUCCCUGUCGGACACUGCUGUGAGGUAUGCGGUGCCAUCAUCAGCAUCCAUUAUGCCGCCAGCUUCGACCUACAGAGCUACAGGCAAAGGAUCCAUCAGCUCUUUCUUCAAUGGUCACAGUAUGAAACCAUCCAGCUGGGCAUGUCUAAAGUCUUCAAGUCCCAGCGUUUGAUGGGGAUCGUCCCUUUCGGCAGCGCACCCGAGAUCCAGGUGGUUAUUACGGAUGGAGAGACGGGGGCCCGGUCGGAGGCUCUGGCCUUGGAGAUCUUGGAGGAUGCCCGCUCCCAUGGCCCUAAACUCGGAAUCGCUUCGACCGACCUUCAAGCCUCCUCUGGCAACAACCAGUCUGGAGGCAACACGGGGAUGGUGGUUGGAGUUGUGUUUGGAGUCUUGAUCAUGAUUACGCUCAUUAUCACCGUGGCCGCCCUGAUUCACAAGGGCGUCGUACGAAUGCCAUCGAUGCCGUCAGUGCCGUCUCUGAGGAGCUUCGGGAGAAAGACUGAGACAGUUGACCUUGGGGGGUCUCUUGACCACGGAUUCAACAACCCGAUGUUUGACGACCUCAGCAUGAUCCCUGACCUUCCGGCUCUAAACGGGAAUGAAAUCAACUCGAUUUCCAUCACUCAGACAGGUGGUGUGUACUUUGUGAAUCCAGUUUAUGAUGAGAAUGAAACUGACUUUAAUGCCUGA